AUGUCAGAUCCUUAUGUUUGGCCUAAUGGAUGGCAAUUUAUGGAGCAAUAUGUCAACAUACAGCAACAGGAACUAGAAGAGAUAGCCAUGGUGCAGCAGGUUGUUGAAGAAUCGGAAGAGCUCGAGCCUCCAAGAGUAUGUAAACGUACAUUCAUUAGCCGCGAUCGCGCAAAAGCAUACAACGAUCUUGUUAGGAAGUAUUUCACACUAGAUUGUAUCUUCCCACCACACAUGUUUCGUCGCAGGUUUCGAAUGAGGAGAGAGUUGUUUCAUAAGAUCAUAAUUGACUUGGAAGAGAGUCAACCUUAUUUCAGAUUGAAAUAUGAUUGUGUGGGGAGGCUUGGUUUCUCAUCAAUACAGAAGAUGACAGCUGCAUUACGAGUUCUUGCUUAUGGCAGUCCUAUCGAUCGGGAGGAUGAUGCUCUUAUGAUUGCACAAACUACUGCGAUAGAUACAGUCCGUUUAUUUUGUGAGUCCAUCGUUAGCAUUUACUCUGAGCAGUACUUACAAGGACCUAACGAAUCGGACCUCACUCGGCUAUUAGCUGAAAAUGAGGCUCGUGGUUUUUCCGGAAUGAUCGGUUCUCUAGAUUGCAUGCAUUGGGAGUAG